CAUAAUUUCAUCAUUACUGAACUAGCGCAUAAAAGAAUGAAGUUAAUCAUAUGCAACUAACAAUACAAGAAAGUAGUAAUAUUGGUUGCCUAGAUAUCAGUAAUUUUUUUAACAAAACACACUUUUAUAAAUAAUCUAGUCAAAAUUAGAAAAAAUAACUAAUGUACUCAGACAAAUUAAAAAAACGAAUGUUUGAGUGGAUAAUCAGGGAUAAUCCUGCCUAUGCAUUAAAAUUAAUUAUUGGAAAAAGUCAUCUAGACAUUAUUCUAAUCCCUGAAAGCAUCCCCCUAGACUCACGACGGAUCCAAAGGUAACCAAUAACCAUCAGUGAACUGUAUAUUUAGUAUGUUAUUUAUAUGUAUAUUUUAUAUACUUAAAUAUACAGUUCAUUGUGCGAGCCAUCCUUUCAAAAAUAAUUGAUAUAAAUAACUUAUAUCUUGAUUACAAUCUGAGACCAACCUAGAUCCUGCAUAUUUUUGGUCUAGUUCAGCUUAGUUAUAGAUUUAAUUUGAUAGAAAAAUAUAACCUCAAUUUUUUUUAUUUUAAUUUUUUGUGCGGUUAAUGUUCGUUCCAACAUGAACGUAGUAAAGAGUAUAAAUUAUUGUUUAUUUGGUAUUUUAAGAUCUAAUAAACAAUGUCAGUUAUUUCAAAUUACUCGUAAUUUUUCAAAUAAGUUACCGUUCAUCAAAAGCGAAUCUCUUGUUUCUAGUUCUAAUGGAAAAUGUAAUUUUAGUGUCGCCAGUUCUGCCUUCCAAAACGUACCCAAAUUAUCGAAUAUUCAUGAUACCAUUUCGUCAAUUCAACUUAAAAAGAGAGUAAUUAGGAAGAAAAAGGCUUUAGAAGAGGAUGAAAAAGAGCCGGGAAAGUAUAAUGUCUUUGCUUUUGCGACGGCUGAAGAAUACAAUUUGGAAAAGUUGUUUGAUGGUCUAAAAAAUCAAAAUUUGUAUGAAGCAAAGCGCGUGGAAAACAAUGUAGACGUUAUUCAUGCUAUCCCGAAAUAUAAAGUGGAUGAGGAGCAGAGAGAAAUAUUUUUCUUUAGAGAUGGUAGUGUCGUGAUGUGGAAUAUUACAGAUCUCGAAAGUAGUAAUAUUUUAAAAUUUUUAAGACAAUUUGAAGAGGACAGCUACUCAGAAAGACUUGUACAGAGUGAAUGUGAAGUAAUGAACUACAAAUAUUAUCCUACCGAAAAUAAACAAAGUUCUAUAGAUAAGGGUGGUGAUAUCGUUUUGGCACCAAUCACUGAUCUUACUUUAGAGAAGUAUGCAUUUUCAAAUGGAAUGAUGUUAAGUGUAAAACUUGGCAUAUGGGAAGAAUCGCUUGAUAAAUAUAUAAAUGAUAUGGAAUUUGUUACAGAAGAUCUGAAAAGAGGUAAAAUAAAAAUGACAAGAGAAGAGGUAUUAAAAAAGCAUGGAGAGCUGUUUGCCCUUAGACAUUACUUAAAUCUAAGUUCCGAUGUUUUGGAUAUACCUGAUUUCUACUGGGAUAAUGACCAUUUGGAGAAUUUGUACAGCCAAGUGUGCUCAUAUUAUUCCAUAAAUAAAAGAACUAAAGUCAUGAAUGAAAAGUUAAAUCAUUGUGUCUCUCUUAUAGAACUUUUAUCAUCGCAUUUAAGUAAUAAACACAGCACUAAGUUAGAAUGGACGAUAAUAAUCCUUAUUAUGGUUGAAGUGUUCUUUGAAACCAUUCAUUAUGUUGACCGAUAUGUCGAAAGGGCAGAAAUCAAUAAAAUACCAGUUCAAAUCUAGGAGGGAUAAAAUGAAAAUUUUUAAUUAAAUGUACAGUUGUUUUAUUUUGUACUUUUUUAAAUAUAAUUUCAUGAUUUUUAA